AGGCCUGAAAUUGUUGGUAUUUUAAUUUUCUUUCCUGAAUUGCUACAGCUAUACACGUGUGUUUUUUACUGUACCCGUAUAAAUUAGCUUGUGCGGCUUUCUCCUUCCUCGACGGUGUCCCCAAACUGAAAAAUUCCCCAAACUGAAAAUUCCAAUUCCAAGUUGCUAAUGACUCUGUUGAUCUGAUUCCGAUUAAAAUUCGAACGACUAACAAUGGCUGAAAUUCCUCCUUCUUCUUCUCCCCCCAAUUCAAUUCAACCGUCGAACCCUAUUAUCGACCCUGCCGGAGCUGCAAAUCAAGCAAACGCCGCCGGAGCUUCAUCGACGGCGAUGACGUCAUCUAAUCCAGCAAUCAACAUGACUUCUCCUUCUAACAUCUCACAAUCGCCUUCAAUUGACCCGUUAACCCAAUCUCAGCAACAACAGCAAAUUCAGAUGCAGCCUCAACAAAUGCAACAGCAAUUGACACAAUCGCAACAGCAACAGCAGCAAAUGCAGCUUCAGCAACAGCAACAGCAACAACAGAAUAGUAAUUCGAGUAAUAUUAAUAGCAGUAACAGUAACUUAAUGUCCGCGUCUAAUUUUCAGAUGCAGCAGAGCUUACAGAGAUCACCGUCGAUGUCGAGGUUGAGUCCAAUGCAAAUGCAACAGCAGCAGCAACAACAGUUUGGUUUGAUGAGGCAACAAUCAGGAGGAGGGCUUUAUGGUCAAAUGAAUUUUGGGGCUGGAGGUACUUCGCUCCAGCAACAGCAACAACAACUGCAACAGCAACAAUUGCAGCAGCAACAGCAACAGAAUCAACAACAACAGCAACAAAUGAGUGGUGGCCAGAUGAGUAGCGGAAAUUUAAAUAGGGCAGCUUUAAUGGGACAGACGGGCCAUCUACCCAUGUUAUCUGGACAAGCUGCUGCUGCUGCAGCGGCUGUUGCCCAGUUCAAUUUGCAAUCUCAAUUUAUGAAUUCGCCACGCCAGAAGGCAGGUCUAAUGCAGGGGAAUCAGUUUCAUACAGGGAAUUCCCAUGGCCAGUCCUUGCAGGGUAUGCAGGCAAUGGGAAUAAUGGGAUCUCUCAACAUGAGCUCUCAGCUAAGGGCAAAUGGGGCCUUGGCAUAUGCAAGGAUGAAUCAAAAUCAGUUGAGGCAGCAGUUGUCCCAGCAAAAUCCUCUCACCAAUGCUCAGAAAAUAUCGGGUCAGAGUCUUCCAAGGACGUCAUUUGUUAACUCUCAGUUACCUGGGUUGACUCAGAACGGACAAUCCGCAAUAAUGCAGAACAAUUCAUCACAGCAGCAGUGGUUGAAGCAAAUGCCUGCGAUUUCUACUUCUAAUUCCCCUUCCUAUCGUCUGCAACAGCAGAGGCAGCAAAUGCUUCUACAGCAGCAAUUAGCUUCAUCUCCACAAUUGCACCAAAACUCAAUGGGUUUGAACCCACAACAAUUAUCCCAAAUUGUACAACAGCAGCAACAGAUUGGGCACCCUCAGAUGCAGCAACAGCAACAGCAGCAGCAGCAGCAGCAACAACAGCUUUCACAACAGCAGCAGUCUUCUCCAAGGAUGGCUGCCCCAGCUGGCCAAAAAUCUCUGAGUUUAACUGGUUCACAACCAGAUGCUACUGGAUCCGGAACAACUACUCCGGGGGGAAGUUCAAGUCAGGGGACUGAAGCUAGCAAUCAGCUUCUUGGAAAGAGAAAAAUUCAAGAUUUGGUCUCACAGGUAGAUUCACAGGGAAAGCUUGAUCCUGAAGUUGAAGAUCUUCUUCUAGAGAUUGCCGAUGACUUCAUUGAUUCGGUUACUACAUUUGCUUGCAAUUUGGCGAAGCAUCGGAAAUCUUCAACUUUGGAGGCCAAGGAUGUACUGUUACAUCUAGAGAAGAACUGGCAUUUGACUAUUCCAGGCUUUUCAAGUGAAGAGAGGAAACACCUUCCAGAAAAUUCAUCAAAUGAUCUCCACAAAAAGCGUAUGGAUGUGAUACGUAACUUGAUGGAGACCUCACAAACAGAAACAAGUACAAAUAGUAGUUCUAAGGAGACUGUCAGACCAGCGGUGGGUGAUGCAAAUCACAUGAUCAGACCUUCAAGUUCGGACAAAUUAGUUUCACAGCCUAAUGCUUCUCAAAUGUUGCAUGAGAUGACAAGGUUUUGAUUUCCCUGGAGGUCUUGGUGUAUCUCCCGUGUUAACUGUACAGACCUUGAUGAUCAAGAAUGGGAGGCAUAGGUUAUAUAGGUGUAGCUUAAUGGAAGUUUUUAUGAGACUUUGAGACAGCUGAAGAAAAUUGCAGAAUGAACCACCAAUAGUUGAAUGGCUUUGAAGGCAUGUAAUUACGCAGUUUAGUUAACAGUAGCUAAUUUGGUUCAACCUGAGAGGAUGAACUUGCUCAAAUCUGGUUUCUCCGCCAUACUCGGAUACACCUCUGGAUGACAUGUUUAGUAGUCCUGUAUAUUACUUUCUGAUAACCACCUCUUCUUUCUAUAAACUGAAAGAUGAGGUUAAGUCUUUGUUUUAUCAUAGUCGAAAAACUGUAUCAAGCAGAUUUUAUGAUGUUACAAUCACAAACGGUUUUUUUUAAGGGUACUUUUUAGAUUUCA